AUGGAACUGGAAACGGAGGAGCCUGUGGCUAUGGUCCUCGCGGUAGACAAGUGCCCUGAAUGCUCAAACAAUCAUCUCGACUUGAGCUCCUCUGCCUUCGCUCAGAUCGCCAACCCUACUGCUGGUAUCAUCGACAUUUCAAUUCAGCCAAUUCGGUGCCCCACGAAAGGCAACAUUGUGAUCCGCAUCGAUUCUGGAGCCAACCCCAACUACUUUGCAAUCUUCAUCCAGAACGUCGGAGGUGCUGGUUCGGUCAAGCUCAUUGAGGCAAACGGCGGGAGUGGGUGGCAGAAAAUGACGCAACUAUGGGGCGUCAACUGGGUCCUGAAUGCUCGCACUCCUGGACCAGUGUCACUCCGUGUAACAGCGAGUGACGGAAAGCAGGUGACCCUCAACAACUGUGUGCCAGCAAACUGGAAAGCUGGAUCUUCCUACACGUGCAACGGGCAGUUCUCGUGA